UAUGCACUGCGCUCAACCGGGAACCCAACCAAACCACAACGCCAUCACCACCCUUCUUCUCUUCCUACCUCCCUCUUCGUUCACUCGUCCGGAUCCAGCAAAUCAGUAACAAUGCGUCCUACCGCUCUUGCCGCCAUGCGUCCCACCUCGUCCGCCGCUUUCAGAAUGGCCUACGCCAACAACAUGCGCGCGACUAUGGUCAACAGCUUCCGCACCAACGCUAUCCUCCGCAAUGCCGCCCAUGGAAAGUCCGAGAGCCAGCCUACCUCGAAGCUCGCCAAGGUCAAGAACAUCCCCGCUGAGCUGUACCCUCUUUUGUUUGCCGUCCUCGUCGCCCUCGGUGCUGCUGCAUACGGCAUCACCCGAAAAUUCCUCUACGACCCUCAGGUCAAGCUCAACCGCUCGAAACACUAAACUAGCCAACUUUCAAUCUUACUUACAGCAUUAGGAAACGGGAUAAAACACUCGACAAAUUUUUUGAGGAAAUGAGAGGAAGCGGGAGAUCAUUGAGGAGCUGAUUGGAAGAGGCAGGUCUGCAGGGAGGUGGUGAGAUCGGAACUUGAGCAGCACGAAGAGAUCUAGUUUUCUCUUUGGCAAACUGUCGGGUUCCUUUCAUUGCCGUCUUUCGGCUCUUGUCUUUGGCUUGUAUUUCAGCGUUCUUUUUAUGUCUUUUUAAUUUUUUGAGAAAUCAUUUGAAAAAAUAUCAGAAUUU